CUGCCGUAUGGCUGGCUGGCUGGCUUGCCCUGUGAUGGAAAGAUUCCACCCGGUUCUGUAGGCAGGAGCUGAUGUUGGAUUGCCCAGAGUCUGUAUCCUGUCAUUGACGAAGUAUAGCUUGAAGAUUCCAUGUGUUUCUGGACCGUCCAGAGCCUGAAGAUUGCUGCUAAUGUCGCAUUGUCCAGUGCCUGCACAAUGGACAGUAAUGCUGGAAUUUCCAGAGUAUAAAGAUUGCCGAACUAUCCCGCUCUGUGACUUUGCAUCCAUUGAUGUUCAGGUGAUAACGGACACCCGUGCUGUUGCUGAUGCACCAGUAGAACAUCAUCGUACCUGCUUACAGAGCGUGUGGCGAUGUUUUCCAUAUGAAAGGUGCGUUUGGUGCAUGAGAGCGAGGAGUUUCCGGCUUGAAAAUGGACAUGACACCGCGACGCACGCAGAGUGCCAAGAAGCCGAGGCUGAGGUUCGUCGACCUCUCGCUGGACGGCGCGGAGCUCGGCAAGAAAGCCGAGUCUGACAACGGGAAAUUUCCACUGGGGGGUUAUAAAAAAAGCAAGCGGUCGCCCAUUGGCAUCUACUCCUACGACAAGCCACGUGACUACCAACACCAGCUUCGCGAGGACAUCGAGCGCCUGUUGGACUCGGAGGUGUUGGAGGUUCACGGGUCGCCCACGUGGACCCUUGAGGCUCACCGCCAACCCACACACUCGGGGGAAUCGCCCCUACUUACCAACAAGUACCUGGCCUCUUCAAAGCACGAUGUCAUCAACGGGACGGCCAAGUGGAGCAAAGAGUCUCUCAACCCUCGUCGCUGCUCCGCCCCACCCGUGUACCAGGGGGCGCUGUACUAUCGGCCCAACAGAGCUCACCAGUACCUCUCCGCCACAGAGUUACGGGACGCUGCAGAGAACGACGUCAUCGUUAAAUAUGGCCGCCCGACACGCACCACGUUACUGAGGGCCAGACAGCGAUCCAAGACUGGUUCUUUCAACGCAUACGAGAUUCGCCGAGAGCUGGUGCAAAGGAUGGAGGAGAUCAAGAAUGGCAGUAUAUUCAGCAACCCCAAAGAUUUUGCGCAGAAUCACACGGACAUAGAUGGAGAACCCUUUCACUAUUUUGUGACUGGUGCUCGCUACAACAGAGCUCAUUGUCUGGAUGCCCGCAGCCUGACCCAGUACGGCGUCUACCUGCCGCGGUGCAACCCGCUGGGGUGGUUCGUGCUGGAGCAGCGACUGGCAGAGAUGGCGGACGGGUCGCCAGACUCGCCUCGUUCUGACGUGGACGAAGGUUCUGCUCCAGUGGUGGCACCAUCACGCCCCACCACCGCCCCAGGUUUCGGGAGAAGGGUGGGUCCCGCUACCCCUUCUGCCCCCCGCCAGGCCUGGGGUGACGCUUCAUCCUCCAUGCACAUCGUCGGCGCCGACAACAACACCAAGAAACACGACGAGCAUGCGGUCGUCGAAGAAAUCAUCAAAUGGCCACAGCGGGUCAGCGGCAAAGGAAGUCGUCAGUCACUGGGUUCUAGCAGGGGAGACAACAGCAAGUUGGAUUCCAGGCUUCCAAGCGUGCAAGGAACGUCUCUCUCUAAAGUACACAGGAUGCAAGGUCCGCAGACGAGAGCCCCUAUGACUCCCAGCAGCCUCCUCCUUCUCCUGUGGUGCCGUCAGUCAAAAGUGACUCCGCCCUUCCCGCUGUCAAACCGGAAGUGGACGCUGAGCGGAAUGCUGAACCUGAUCCACCCGGACCCGAACCCGAGGUGAAGCUGACGUCAGCACCCAAGCGAAGGCCGAUACUCGUGGACAGGUCCGUCAACGUGCCCUCCGUCGUGGGCUCCUACCUUGCCGCAGAGGAUGACGGGAACGCACAGGAAAGCCAGAACGAGGCUCACAAGCCUGACGUUUCUGUCGCUGAUGAAAGCACUGGUGAUGGAGAAGGACAAGCGACAACUGGCGACAGGAAAGACGAGAGAGACACUGGGGGUGAAGACAGGGAGGGGAGGCGGUUACCGUGACAGACGGGGCAUCAAUGGAGACGAGUGACCAGCUGGUGUCUACGUCCAGCCUCCACAGACCCGCAGACAACGGCAGUGAACACGCCUCACGAGAGGACAGGAGGAGAGUGAAGCCGCUGAAAGACCCGUUAGCCUGACCAUUCUACAAGACCAGGGGAUGACGUCAGAGGGAGGCACAGGUCAGGAGGUCGUAGGUCAGGAAGACGGGAUGAGUGAUGGAGAAAGUAAGUUUUUCUUAACUCAGCGUGAGUCUGGUCAAGAGGCAGAUGAAGGUGUUUCGACUGUCGUCACUGAUGGCCAGGAGGAGAGUCGUGACAGUCCCUGUCACACUACAUGUCUGAAGCAGGCUCCAAAAGUUCCAGAAGUCAGAGCAGAAAUCGUAUGAAGACAGUUACUUUCAGUGACGUGGACAUCACGGAGCCGCCUGCAGCCCUCGACAACGACACUCCGUUACAUCCGGGUGCUCUGAAGACUGACGAAACUGAUGAGGUCACAUCGCAAUCCGACCAAACCGAGAUUAAUGAGGAAAACGAGGCCGACGACCUUGAACCUGUUGAAGAAGAGGCCGAGCCCUUGAAGGUGAUUGUGAUUCACAAGACAGCAAGUCUGUGAAGGAGUCACCGGUGGACAUUAGAGACGAAAGGAAGGUGUCAGAGAGAACAGGAGAUGAAAGCAACGAUGACAGUCAACAAGAAGUUGGUGAGGGACAUGAGGGAAAGUUAUGAUCGUGUGAUCAUGUUGAGCGUGGUGAACUCUUCACUGUUAUUGUGAAAUGCAGUGAAAUGCAGGUCAUGUGUGAUGAACUCUUACCUAUAAUUCAGUGAAAAAGUAAACUCGACUAAUGUGUUGUUGCCCACGUGUUGUCUCUGCACAUAGUGUCUUCUAAUUGUCCACUCACUGGUAAGACUGAGAGUCAUUGUCAUCAUAAAAUAAAUCCUUAGAGUUGUUUUUGUAACUUCAUCAUCAGUGUGAAAACUGAUUAUUGCCCUGUUGACGGACUGAGACCUGACACAGCUGGGAAAAGAAGGGCAGAGAAGGCGAGAUGGACACUAUCCUUACAAGAAAAAUAAAGGCCUCGACCUUCCCCUGCAGUCUCGAGAGACCCCUUUGCACUCCAAGCAAUCAAAAGUAGCGGGACUGUGAAUUUCCGGUCAAAUCUUUCAUUGACUUGUGACGGGAAAGUCGGUUAGUGAGCCAGAGAUAGACUGCAGUUUGUUCCUUCAGACAUCCCCACUGGGGCCGAGUAGACAUGUCCUCUGAGUCUGAGCAGCCAAAGGACAGAGAGAAAACAAAACAUAACUUCUUAUGUCCAGUCGAGCGUCUGGCAGACCAGACGGUGGCAGACGAGAAAGACAAAUGUACGAACCUCGCAGAAAACCUAGUUUCUGAGAAAGUCUUGUUUGCCGCCUCGGGAAUCGUGAAUAGAAAGGAAAUGUAGUAGGGAACAGGUUCCUGUAGAACUAGAUAAAUUCUGGAAAUGAAAUUAUUUCACCUGUAGGUGGGAAAAUGCAGCCCAUGCAGGCUGUCACGUGGUGUGCGCAUGUCACUUGGGUUUUGCGGUCAGCAACUUCCGCUACAGCAAGGUUCGUGCACCUGAAAGGUGCUAAGACAGAACAACCUCCACUUCAACAUUCUACCUGCCGUGUCACAUCCUGUGUGUCAUCUUGCCAGCUGUGUCACAAUGUUGUGUGUCACCUUGUGUCAUCACACCAGCUGUAUCACCCGACUAACUGACAUCUACCCAGCCACCGUACUUUCUUCUGAUCAGCACUUUCUCUACCCGAGUUACAAUAAAUUGAUUUUUCCCUUGUGAUUGCCGCUAGAGGGCGCGCCACUCGACUAAACUCGUGAUUUCCGUUUCUUCCCGAUUUUAGUGGCGGGGCUGACUUUAGAGAAUCUCUAUGCCUGGGUCUCAGGCGCUGUAGUCGAUAUUCCUGAUGUAGUUGGGGAAGUUGUAGACAUAAUGAUGCAGUUAUGAAUUAGCAAUGUGCUUUUACGACUCACCAAUGCAAGCUCCAUUAAUUUUUGUGUUGCAUUACAUCUCCUUCGGAAAAGAUAACAGACCGUAAAGGUCAAACGGAAGCUGAGUUCAAGACUGAAAGCGGUAAUAAUUAUACAAAAAGUCGGACUGACUUGAAGGGCUGAGUCAUCAUGUUUUAAGACUGUACCGAUCUUAUUCAGGGUGGCUUUGUGGCUGUUGGGAGGUUGUGCAAGCCUUUUGAUCUUAGAACAAUACAGGAUACAUUAAUAUCGACUCCUUCGGAAACAUUUUACUUUGGGCGUUGUGACCUUUUAACGGCUUUGGGUGACACGGUGAACUUUUGCAAUGGCGGAGAGUGACAGAAGAGUGAGUGUGCAAAAGAACGAGCGAUAGUUAGAGUGAAAACAACUCACACUGACCAUUGCUGGCCCGACUGACUGUUUGCAUAAACAAAUUUUUGUUUAAUCUGCAACGAGCUACCUUUUUUUUUUUUACUUUAAAAAAGCUUGUUUCUCGACAUUUUUCUUCGAGGAGAUAAAGUAGUUGCUGUUGUUAAAUAAAUAUAUCUCUGUUUCACGCAUCUUUAUAAUUGAACAAAGGAAACAACUUGUCUUUGCUGAGGACAGCGUGGUCGUUGUCACAUGGGAACAAACAGGACAACACACUGAAACCUGCGCAUGCGCAGAGAUUGCAUUGUAAGUUUAGUUUGCAAAGAAUGUUCUCGAUAAUCGGCCUUUCAUCGCUGACUCGCUGAUGAGUUCAUUAAAGAGUUGAGAGUGAUGACAGUAUGUGUGGAGAGCAGAAAUCAAUGACCGUUGACCGUGUCACAUGGUGUCUUCUGCAGUCGUCAACUGACAAAUACGAAAAGGCUCACGUGGCGAACUAACCAAUGGGAAGACGAAAUCUGCGGCAAACUCACCAACGGGAACGCGAGCUGUCAGGAAAAAUAAACUGAAAACAGGUUUUUUUUUUUUUAAAAAGUAUUGAAGACCUAAGUUUCAUUUGUCCAUUUUUGUCGAAUUUCGCGUGGUGGGAAGGCAGGUGUCUCAGGUCAAGUGUCUCUGCUUACUUUCGGACUUGUACCCGUGGCUGCCUGCUCAAGUCUUUGCGGUCACGUGACGUGAAAAGGGCGGGGAGUGGCCGUAGUGUUGCUCAAUGUUUGGAUCGGGUAACACGUGCUCCCUGUGCCAGAAGAAAGUCUUGAGUGACAGACGAGAGUUACGGAGGUACAGACCUGACAGACGACUGUCGCAGUUCUAAUGUCAAGGCUCGCAUCUCGCUCCCCUCGCUCCUCUAGCAAUGGCUCGACAUCGUCCUGCGUCACGUGGUCUUUAUCCACCACCAGCACCACCACCACGUCCUUGCAGACAGCCUACGACAUGCACAGCUGUUCGUGAUCUGGCAUUAUUAGUCUGGCCUCCUCCUGCUGGGGUUACAUGCAGGGGUCACGUGCAUGCAUUCACCUCGUGCACUCGGCAACCGUCCUGUGUCCGUGUGACCCGGUGCAACAUCUUUCACAGACGAUGGAAGGUCUUGACGAUGAAUUCAAUGCAAAACUGCAGAGAUUACCGCUGAUAUUGCAAACACCGCCAUUGAACACUUCCCAUAAACCUUUGCUAAAGUAUGUUCAAACAUCUUCUAACAGACAACUUGUAACAGCUUGUAACUCUCAGAUAAGACAAACUUUAUUUGUUCAAACUGUCUGUGCACUUUCCUCUCGUGCACUUUUGUCAGUAUUCGAAGAGCCACGUGGUGUAUCUACCAUUCACAGUAUUGAACACUGUAUACAGUAUGUGUGUGUGUGUGUGUUAAUGUAUUCAAAGCUGUACAAAGCAUGUGAACAGCAAGGUGAACAUGUAAAUAAUCCUAAUGUCACAUUCUGAUCACGUGUUUGCAAAAAUAUCUCCUGCUGACCUUGUGUUGACUGUUUUAAUAAAAUCCGUGAAAAUCUUGCUGAAAAA